CACAUAGGAUCUGGGGUGGGUUGACCCGUUUGUUAAUUUAAUUGUUGUUACAAGUCUGAGAAUACCCGCUUUAUUUUUGGAUUUCGAAUUAUGCCGGAGUAACAGAGCUCGCCAAACCGCCAAAAGGGGAAGAAGCUCUGAAAACUAGGGUUGGACUACAGGAGAAGCAAUCUACAAUGGGUGAGGCAGUCGUUGUCGAUGCUGGAUCCAUGCUCCUUAAGGCUGGAUUGGCCGUUCCCGAUCAAGCUCCAUCCAUGAUAAUCCCUACACAAAUGAAACGCACGCUUGCUGAUGAAACCUUGACAGAUAGUUCAUUAUUUGAGGAUAUCACUGUUGAUCCAGUUGUGAGGGGUUUUAUUAGGGAUUGGGAUGCUAUAGAAGACUUGCUGCACCAUAUUCUGUACACUGGCCUUGGAUGGGAGAUUGGAAAUGAAGGACAGAUUUUGUUCACUGAUCCACUUUCAACCCCAAAGGCUGUCAGAGAACAAUUGGUGCAAAUGAUGUUCGAAACAUUUAAUGUUUCAGGCUUUUAUGCAUCUGAACAAGCAGUAUUAUCACUUUAUGCAGUUGGGCGUAUUUCAGGCUGCACUGUUGAUAUUGGUCAUGGGAAGAUAGAUAUUGCACCAGUUUAUGAAGGUGCAGUUCAGCACAUUGCUUCAAAAAGAUUUGAGAUUGGGGGUAUUGAUUUGACAAACUUAAUGGCUCAGGAACUCCACAAAUCCAAUCCAAUGGUAAAUAUCAGCAUCUCUGAUGUCGAGAGAUUGAAAGAACAGUAUGCAUGCUGUGCCGAAGAUCAAGCUGCUUAUGGGGAGACUGAGAAAUCAUGCCAGGAAGAGCAGCAUACUCUUCCUGACGGCCAGGUUAUAACCAUCAAAAGAGAAAGGUAUACUGUUGGUGAGGCUUUGUUUCAACCAUCUAUACUUGGUUUGGAGGAGCAUGGGAUUGUUGAGCAGCUUGUUCGGAGUAUCUCAAGUGUGUCAUCUGAGAAUCACCGCCAGCUAUUGGAAAAUACUGUACUUUGUGGUGGCACUGCAUCUAUGAUUGGAUUUGAAGAGAGGUUCCAAAAAGAAUCUAACUUAUGCUCAUCAGCCAUCCGUCCUUCUCUUGUCAAGCCCCCUGAAUAUAUGCCAGAGAACUUGACCAAGAACUCAGCAUGGAUGGGAGGUGCCAUACUUGCCAAAGUUGUCUUCCCACAAAACCAGCAUGUGACCAAGGCAGACUAUGAUGAAACUGGACCAUCAAUUGUCCACCGGAAAUGCUUCUGAAACUAUCCUAGUGCAUGCUUAGAAGUCUGCCUUGGGUCCAUGCCAUCUAGCUGUACGCCUGUACCAUUAACCAGCAGGUACAUUACUAGAAGACCGCGCAAGAUAUCAUCAACCUGAAGAAUGAAGAUCAAUUGUUCUUGUGGGUGCAAGCUGUUGUAAACGAUCCCUGUUACUAAUAUACAAGAGUGAAUUUGUACAACAGUAUGCUGUGAAGUGAUUGGUUUCAACACGAGACUUUUUUAGGUGAAAAUAUAAUAGGAUAAUGGUAUUGAUCUAUUUAAAUCGUUGGUUCUCUUCUGGAUGAAACUUGAUUUUGGUUGGAAUGUUUAAUCAGAUGUAUGCUCAAUUUAUCAACUUGAUUUUGGUUGGAAGAUCAAGGUAUAACUUCAAUGGGUGAUAACUUAAAAGGAUCCC